UGGUAGUAGCAAGCCAACCUUAGCCGAGAGGUUCUCAAACGUGAUGGGCGGAGCGAUAUCAUCGAGGAAAUCUUCAAAGCCCUUGGCGGCAGCAGCAGAUAAGGACAACUCGCAGAACAAUCGCCGGCUGUCAGUAGCAGGUGACAAGAAGAACUUCCCCGUAGCCGAGAAAGGAGUUGUCGGGCAGACGCUAGAUCGUGGCUCGAAUGCCUUCAUCAACUACUUUGCAAUGUCGAAUGCUGGAUACGAGCCUGAUGGCAUCAAGAAAACCAAUCAGGAUGCCUUCAUAUCGAUGAUGGAGUUUGGCGACCCUUCAGUCUCCUUCUUUGGUGUAUUUGAUGGGCAUGGAGCAAGCGGGCAUUUUGUAUCUGGAUAUGUGAAGAAGGAACUGCCAAAGCUGAUUGACAAAGAAAUCUUAAAACAAGAAUCUCAAAAGAACGAUGUAGAUGAAGACCUUGUUGGUAAAAUUCUGAUACAGGCCUUUGAGAAGAUUAACAACAAGCUGGAAAGCGACAAGUCCAUCGAUUCCAGUCUGAGUGGAACGACAGCUGUUGGAGGAUUUAUCUUAGGAAAGAAUCCAAAAUCUCGAACAAUUGUCAUGGCAAACUCUGGCGACUCCAGAGCUAUCAUUGGCUAUGAGAAGGGAGGAAAAUAUCUGGCUGCCGAACUCUCUAUCGACCAGAAACCAGACCGACCCGAUGAGAAAAGUAGAAUCAUCAGCUGCGGAGGAAGGGUCGAGCCCCUGAUGGAUGAGAAUGGUUAUGCCAUCGGCCCUCACCGAGUUUGGUUGCCCAACAUGAUGCUUCCUGGAUUGGCCAUGGCGAGAUCCAUCGGCGACGACAUCGCAUCGAGUGUGGGAGUGCAAGCGACCCCAGAGAUCAUGACGUACAAGAUCGAAGAGAAGGACAAGUUCAUGGUCAUUGCUUCUGAUGGAGUGUGGGAGUUUCUGUCGAACGAGCAGGUUGUUGAGAUCGUCAAGGGAUGUCAAGGAAACCCGGAGAAAGCUGCCUCCGAGUUGUGCAGUCGCUCUCUGCGCUGCUGGAAGGCAGAAGAAGAGUGUCAAGUGUCGAACUUGUCGGUGUUCUCAAACUGUUUCCAGGUCGUCGAUGACAUCACCGCUCUCGUUGUGUACUUUAAGCAUUGA